CCUUCCCUGGCUGAGUCGUCAGUCUGUGCUCAGGUUGUGUCGGAGACAGAGCUCCGAGAGAUGACUCGCUAGAGCUAGCCAUGGAUACCUUUCUGGCAGUGCUUAGUUCCUCAGCAACCAAUUUGGAUAAUUAGUUGAAGAAGAGACAAAAAAAUAUUAGAACGUCUGAGUGAUCCGUUAAUUUAUUUUCAACCGAUCUUUUCACUUCUCUUUCGACGACUGUCAAAAUGGCGAAGGGCGGCAAAGGAUGUCGGCUGACGUGGGUGGACGAGAACCUGGCCAAAAUGUUCUACAAACUGGGAAUUCAGGUGGCCACGCGUCCGGCCUACUUCCUGCUGAUCCCGCCGCUGCUGGCCGCGCUGUUCGCCACGGGAUUCCAGCAGAUCGAGUACGAGAUCAACCCCGAGUACCUAUUCAGCCCUGUGAACGGGCACGGCAAGGUGGAGCGGCGCAUCGUGGAGCACUUCUUCCCGCCCAACGACACGACCCGCUUCAACGUGGGCCGCAUCACGCGCGCCGGCCGCUUCGGCCGGGUCAUCGUGGUGGCCAAGGACGGCGGCACCAUGCUGCGCACCGACAUCUGGCGCGAGAUGCGCGUGCUGGACCACAUCAUCCGCAACGCGACGGCCGAGUACGACGGCGAGUACUACCGGUACGCCGACUGCUGCGCCAAGUGGCAGGACGAGUGCUUCCGCAACGACAUCCUCGAGCUGGACGCCGUGCUGCCCGAGGUGGAGAAUGGCACCCUCAGGCUCACCUUCCCCGUCAUGUUCAACCCAGUCACGUGGGACACGCACAUCUUCCCCGUCAACUUCGGCAACACGGUCGUCGACGGCGACGGCACCAUCGUCACGGUGCCCGCCGUCCAGCUCGUCUACUUCGCCGCCGCCGACAACAAACGCAGGGACGCCAGGGGUGCAAGGUGGGAAGAAUCAUUCCUGGACGCGGUGGGCGAGGCGGAGGAGAGCGGCAUCUGGGAGCACAUCUCGGUGGCGCGGUUCGCGUCUCGCACCCUCGAUCUCGAACUGGAGAAAAACACGCGCACCGUGGUGCCCUACUUCAGCACGACGUUCAUCAUCAUGGUGCUGUUCUCGGUCACCUCGUGCAUGAUGGGUGACUGGGUGCGUUCCAAGCCCAUCCUCGGGCUGCUCGGCACGGUCAGCGCCAUCGCGGGCACCCUUUCCGGCUUCGGAUUCAUCUGCUACUGCGGCGUCAAGUUCAUCGGCAUCAACCUGGCCGCGCCCUUCCUCCUUGUCGGAAUCGGCAUUGACGACACGUUCGUGAUGUUGGCCGCGUGGAGGAGAACGCCGGUGACCCUGCCGGUGCCGGAGCGCAUGGGCCGCAUGUUGGCCGAGGCCGCCGUCUCCAUCACCAUCACCUCGGUCACAGACGUGCUCAGCUUCUGGAUCGGCCUCGCCUCCACUUUCCCGUCCGUACAGAUUUUCUGCCUCUACACAGGAACCGCCGUUCUGUUCACCUUCCUGUGGCACAUCACGUUCUUCGCGGCGUGCGUGGCGCUGUCAGGGUACGCGGAGGAGCGCAACCUGCACUCGAUCACCGGGAUGAAGGUGAAACCUGUGUCCGAGUCUGACGACGAGUCGUGGCUGUACCGGCUCUUCUGCACGGGCGGCAUCAACCGCAACGCCGCGUACAACGAGCGCGACAACAAGGAGCACGUGGCCAUGGCCUUCUUCAGGGACUAUGUGGCCAGGGCGCUCAACUACGGACCCAUCAAGGCCAUCAUCAUCGUCGUGUUCGCCGCCUACCUCGCCGGCGCCUGCUACGGCAUCACCAACCUCAAGGAGGGCCUCGAGCGCCGCCACCUUUCAAAGGAGGACUCCUACUCCAUCAAGUUCUACGACCUCGAGGACGAGUACUACAGGGAGUUCCCCUACAGAAUUCAGGUUGUGGUUGACGGUCCGCUGAACUACUCGAACAGGACUGUGCAAGCGGAGAUUGAAAACCUGAUGACGACCCUGGAGAACACGUCGUACAUCACGUCGCCGAUCUACUCAGAGUCGUGGCUGCGCUCGUUCGUCAACUACGUGGACCGCAACCAGGACUACCUCAACAUGUCCAUCGACACCGAGGAGGACUUCAUCAAGACCCUGAAAAAGCUUUACUUGUCCUCCCCAAAUCCGUUCUCUCUGGACAUCAAGUUCAGCGAUGACGAAAAGCACAUCAUCGCCUCCCGGUUCCUCAUCCAGGCUGUCAACAUCACUGAUGCCAAUCACGAAGAGGAAAUGGUCACUGAUCUGAGGAAAAUCUGCAGGGAAUCGAGCCUCAAUGCCACCGUCUUCCACCCCUACUUUGUCUUUUUUGAUCAGUUUGAGCUGGUGCGUCCGACGUCGAUCCAGUGCAUGGUUCUGGCCGCGCUGGUGAUGAUGGUGGUGUCGCUGCUGUUCAUUCCGAACGUGCUGUGCUGCUUCUGGGUGGCGUUCUCGGUGAUCUCGAUCGAGACCGGCGUGGUGGGCUACAUGGCCCUUUGGGGCGUCAGCCUCGACUCGAUCAGCAUGAUCAAUUUGAUCAUGUGCAUCGGCUUCUCGGUCGACUUCACGGCGCACAUCUGCUACGCGUACAUGUCGUCCAAGGCGAAGGAGCCCGAGGAGCGGGUCCGCGAGUGCCUCUACGCGCUCGGCCUGCCCAUCAUGCAGGGCGCCAUGAGCACCAUCCUCGGCGUCAUGGUGCUCUACUGGGCCGGCAGCUACAUCUUCCUCACCUUCUUCAAGACCGUCUUCCUCGUCAUCUUCUUCGGCGCGCUGCACGGCAUCCUCCUGCUGCCGGUGCUGCUCUCCCUCUUCGGCCCGGGCUCCUGCUGCCCCUCCGACGAGCCCCUCGACCCCGCCGACGACGACGAACUCAAGAUCCGCGUCCAGCAGGCCAGACAGGUCGUGCCCAGGGUACACCACCUCGCCCACCCCGCCGCCUACAACCUCGGCGUGCUGCAGCCUCACCAGGUUUUGCCCUUUGGCUGCACGAAGCAGUGGGAGGCAGACAAGGACCUGGGUCUGGGCACGUCUGCCGAGGAGGAGUCGAGUCAAUCGAGCAGCAAGUCGGGCAAGUCGGCCGGCGGGCGGCGGCAGCGGUCGUCGCCGCCGGUGGCCGCCGGUGCGGACGACGCGCCGCGCCGCUUCCGGCCGCUGCAGCUGAUGGAGGUGUACAGCAACGCAGGCUACGACCCUGACGAGGAGCGACGCGCCGGGGUGCGCCGCCCGCCCUGGCACCUCGCCCACGGGCUCCACUACCCCGCGGCGCCGCCCUGCAGGCCCAACUGGCACCGCAAGUGACGCAACGCCCCCUGACCCCCAUCCUCCCACCCACCCACCCCCCUCAACCCCAUCGGACUGAACUCGUCAGCACACACAAGUGAUUUUAUUUCCAUUCCCGCGGACUAUGCGCCAAAGCCGCUCCUUUUCUCCGCCGCUGCAACGACUUUUUUCGCUGCUGAAAUUGUGUAGGGAUUAUUUGGGAAAAUGUUGCAUUUUUUGGGAGCUAAAUGAAUGGGAACUUAUUAUAUCAACGUUAUUGUACAUAUUUUGUUUGUCAGUAUACGUGUGAAAGUUUUUUUUAAUAUUGAAAGGGAAAAUAGAGCCAAAUUCAUUUUCCCUACUGUUUAACACGCAGUACAGUGAUUUUCUAGGCUUAAGGACCGGAAAAGUUUGCAUAUAAAAGAGCAAAAAUCGGUGCAGACCUCAAUAAAUUAUUUUAUUAAAAGAUGAAACAAUUUAUAUUAGCAAAAAAAAUCUGAUUUUUUAUUUUGAUUUAAAAUUAUUUUUUUUAAGUAAAAAAGGAUUUAAAAAAAUACUGAGACGAUCGAUCGUUGAAAUCUUCUUGUCAUGAAUAAUUUCCCCCUUUUCCAAUGCCUUUGUUAAUCUAUCAUAGUACACCAGAUUUUAUCACCUCUCGAAGGAAUAAUAUUUUCAUCCUUUUUUUAAUUUUAAACAAAUAUUCAUAGUAAUUUAAGUAUCGACUUCUCCCAUCCCCAUUUACAGUUUUCAUUAUAUUCCCUCGAAAAGCGUUGCAGUGGAUGGAAAAGAGGCCGUUUUGGUUGACUGUCCCAAUUGGAUAAGACUCGCCUCGGACGGAGAACGGCCGAAAAGUUUGUUCUAGUGUGUCAUGGCUCCCGUUAAUGGUGCCCAAUUAAGGGGAGUGCACAUGACUUGAUAUUUUUUUUUCACAAUUUGCUACUGCUGUAUGUAUAUUUUAUACCAUUAGACUCCGUGGCAAGCUCAAACCCACGAUUACCCGAGCUAAAUUUUAUGUGGUGGUUAUUAAAGAAACACGGAAAAUCUCUAUGCUCACUCAUCGGAAGGAAACAAUUUUUUUAACUGUAGGAUUAAGCAAAGAAAAGCCAUUGUGUUGUAGUUUUAUUGCGUGACCGACUGUACAUAAACCGUAACUUUAUUGAAUAGCGAAUAAAUUUGCACAAUAAAAGACAA